AUGGGGCACAGGGGUGGAUGGGGUGACCUUGGAGGGCUUUUCCAGCCUCAGGGAUUCCUGGGAUUGGCCAUCCCUGAUCUCUCCUCCUCCUCUUUCCCCCCCAGGUUGAGCAGCCUGUCCUCUCUGGGGGAUUCCUCCUCGGAGCGAAGGUCCCCCGGGCACCACCGCCAGCCCUCCUCCGACUCCUCCGAAUCCACAGGGCUGGUCCAGCGCUGUGUCAUCAUCCAGAAGGACCAGCAUGGCUUCGGCUUCACCGUCAGCGGCGACCGCGUGGUGCUGGUGCAGUCGGUGCGCCCAGGUGGGGCUGCCAUGAGAGCCGGCGUGCAGGAGGGCGACCGGAUCGUCAAGGUGAAUGGGACGAUGGUGACCAACAGCUCCCACCUGGAAGUGGUGAAGUUAAUCAAGUGUGAGUGUGGCUGCUCUUCCCACUUGGAUCGUCGUGGGCGAUGUGGAGGCAACCGCUUCCAGGAGCUGUACAGCCGGAACCCCGGAGCGGCCGUGGAGGAGCAGAUCGAGGGCGCGCGCCGGAGGGUCAGCCAGCUCCAGCUCAAAAUCCUCCAGGAGACCGGGAAUUCCCUGGAUUCCAGGCUGAGCAGCGACUCCAGCAUGGCUGGGUUCAGGUUGGUGGAAGGACGCCUCUCCCUGGACUCCCAGGAUGGAGACAGCGGGUUGGAAUCCGGCACGGAGCGAUUCCCCUCUGUGAGUGAGGUCUCCCUGAACCGGAAUUCCACCCUCUCCGACCACGGCCUGGAAAGCCCCCGGACCUCCCCCAUCAUCUCCUCCCGGCUUUUCCAGCACCAUCGGCGCCAGGGCUCCGACAGCCCCUUCCCAGCCAUGGCAGAGCAGGAGCGGCCGGGAAGGCCCCUGAUCAUCGGCCCGGAGGAGGAUUGUGAUCCAGGCUAUUUCAACAACGAGUGCGACUCCCUCUUCCAGGACCUGGGGAAGCUGAAAUCCCGGCCGGCACACCUGGGGGUCUUCCUGCGCUACAUCUUCUCCCAGGCUGAUCCCAGCCCCCUGCUCUUCUACCUGUGCACGGAGGUUUUCCAGCAGAGCACAGCCAAGGAUUCCCGAGCUUUGGGGAAGGAGAUCUGGAAUAUCUUCCUGGACAGGAGCGCACCUCUCCGGGUGAAGGUGUCGGAGCAGCUCCUGGCAGAGAUCGGUGAGUGAGGGGCCGCUCUGAUGGCCCUACAGGCCCCAAUGGCCCCAUCCCAAAGUGCCAGUCCCGAUCCCGGUCCUUGCAGGACGAAGCGGACGAUGGGCCUGGGGAGCCUCUAUGGGGAGAACGACCUCCUGGAGCUGGAUGGGGACCCCCAGAAGGAGCGGCAGGUGGCCGAGAAGCAGCUGGCCCAGCUCGGGGAGAUCCUGUCGAAGUAUGAAGAGGACAGGAGCUCCCCCAUGGCCUUUGCCCUCAGCACCUACAUGAACCACACCGGGAUCCGGGUGCGGGACCCGCGUCCUGCCGGCGCCUCCGAGAAGGUCCCGUCCCUCCCCGACAGGGACAAGUGGCUGCCCUUCUUCCCCAAGGCCAAGAAGAGCAGCAGCUCCAAGAAGGACAAGGAUGCCCUGGAAGACAAGAAGCGCAACCCCAUCCUCAAGUACAUCGGGAAGCCCAAAAUCUCCUCCCAGAGCACAUUUCAUGUCCCUUUGUCCCCUGUCGAAGCAGUCAAACCCGGGAAUGUGAGGAAUAUUAUCCAGCACUUUGAGAACAAUCAGCAUUACGAGAGCCAGGAGCCCGGCACCCAACGCCUCUCCACAGGGAGCUUCCCAGAGGAUCUGCUGGAAUCAGACAGCUCCCGUGCUGAGGUCAAGCUGGGCCGCUCCGAGAGCCUGAAGGGCCGGGAGGAGAUGAAGAAAUCCCGGAAAGCCGAGAACGUUCCCCGGUCCCGGAGCGACGUGGACAUGGACGCGGCCGCCGAGGCCACCAGGCUGCACCAGUCGGCCUCAUCCUCUGCAUCCAGCCUGUCCACCAGGUCUCUGGAAAAUCCCACCCCCCCCUUCACCCCAAAGAUGGGCCGCAGGAGCAUCGAGUCCCCCAGCCUGGGCUUUGGGGUGGAUUCCUUCCUGCCCCACCUGCUGGAGGACGAGCAGGGCCAGCUCUGGGACCUGGAGCCCGAGCUGGACCCCCAGAACUGGCAGCACACGGUGAGCAGGGAGCUGGUGGCCAACCUGCCCCCCCGGGAGGUGGAGAGACAGGAGGUGAUCAAUGCUGAUCCCGAAUCCUCCCCAGAUUCCCUCUCGGAAUCCAUGAAGAAGCUGCGGGAGGAAGGACCAAUCAUCAAGGAAAUCGGGGAUCUCAUGUUGUCCCGGUUUGACGGCCCUGCCAAGGAGGAGAUCCAGCAGGUCGCCGCCACCUUCUGCUCCUACCAGUCCAUCGCCCUGGAGCUCAUCAAGACCAAGCAGCGCAAGGAGACCCGCUUCCAGAUCUUCAUGCAGGAGGCCGAGAGCAACCCGCAGUGCCGGCGGCUGCAGCUCAAGGACCUGAUCAUCUCGGAGAUGCAGCGGCUCACCAAGUACCCUCUGCUGCUGGAGAACAUCAUCAAGUUCACCGAGGGGAGUGAGCCCCCUGAUUCCAGCCGGGAGCAGGUCAGGGAGAGCAGGGGAGCUGCCCCUUGCUGGGCUCAGGGCUCUCAUCCCUUGCCCUUCCCUGGAUUUGGGGGGUCUCCCUCCCUGUCCCUGGCCGUGUUUGGGGAGGGUCUCCCCCCUGGGGGUGUCCCCCCCUGCUCCCACCUCCUCCCCAGCCCCCCUCUGUGCCCCAGGCUGGUGCUGCAGGACCCCGACGUGUCCCCGGAGCUGUCCCGGGGCUCCGGAGCCGAGCUGGAGCCGGAGGAUUGUUCCUCGGCCGACAGCGAUCCCGCGGCUCUCCUGGGCCGGGAGAAGCCCCUGGAGGAGGAAUCUCUGGAGGAGGAGCCGGUGGGCAGCGAGGGGGAGGAGGAGGAGGAGGAGGAGGGUCUCCAACGUUCCUACGGCCGGAAUCGCUCCCUCCCGGCUCCAGCUCCGGCUCCAGAGGCUCCGGGAGAGGCUCCAGGUGUGCAGGCCCCGCUCCUGGCCCGGACACGACGGAUCGCCCGGAGCGCCCUCCUGAAAUCCGCCCCCUACAGCAGCUGCUGCCGCAGGAAAGGGUCGGGAACACCGGGAAUGGCGCUGGGAAUGCCGGGAGAGGGGCUGGGAGGGGCCCAGGGAAGCAGCUCCCGGGCCGGCACCACCCGGACGGUGCCGGAGCCGCUCCGGAAUGUGGGAGAAUCCCAGGAUGUGGGAGAAUCCCGAGGAUCCCCAGCCCUGCUGCUGGAACACGGCAGCGGGAGGGCAGAUGUUCCGAAGGCUCCGACCCGGAAAGGAAAAUCCUGCUCGGUGUGGGACGAGCUGAGCCCGGAGCGGCGCCGGGUCCUGCGGCACCACCUGCACCUGCGCAGGUGA